AUGGGCAAUGAGAUUUCGAAUGGAAGUCCAGGAGACCUGGAAUAAAUGAAAAGAUUCAUGAACAUGUCGCCAGGUUAAGUUAAAUUGAUAAAGUAAUCAUGAUCUUCGAAUUGUAUUUUAGAGAGAAAUUCGAAUUGAUGGCAGACGAGGAUCUCACUAUUGAUAGAAAUGGGUUUAUAUAGUUGAUGAAGUUGAAAGAGACUGAAGUCGACAAGGUGUUUUAAUUUUUUGACAUCAGCAAUGAUGGCCGAAUUGACAGUCAUGAAUUUGUAUGUGCUUUGAGUCUUUUGAGUUAAGCCACCUUGAAGGUAAUUCUAGAAUUAUUAUAUCGAAGGAAAAAGCAAACAUAAUAUUUUCCUUAUAUGACUUUGAUCACAACAAAACAAUCACUCGAAAUGAAUUGGUCAUUCUGAUCAAGACUACUUUGACAGCCUUGGGAGCCAUGUCACAGAAGGGAGAAUGUACCAUCCAAGAGGCAGAGAGAAUCUCAGAUGAAUUGCUAAGGAAGUACGAUACAAACAAGGAUGCCUCAAUAUCUUUGUCUGAAUUUCAUAGGUAUGAUUAUAUUUUAAUAAUUAUUUCGCAGUCUUUUGUCAAAAGAUUAAGAUGUACUCAAGAUGCUCCUAUCCUAUGGCUUAUGCUCACUGGAAGACUUGAGAUCUGAUUUUGGAGGAGCCUAACAGGGUGAUGUCCCAUAUCCAGACUCCGAUUUGGAGAGUGAGACUCAGAGAAGACAAUUGGCUUAUGAUUAGAAAAGAGAAAUGAGGAAAAUUGGCAUUGAGGCCAAUCUUGAAGAGGACAACACUCGCGUGUAAACAGAGAAUAAUUAGAAGAUGAGCAAAUUGACAAACAAAGAGGUUUGGAAAAAUUAAGUGAAGAAUGGUUACCCAUCCUCUUGGAAACCAGGCAAAGGAGAUAUCAAUCCACCAAGUACUUUUAUGGAAUUGGAUUACAUAUAUGGAUUCAGAAGUUUUGAUACCAGAAACAAUAUUAAAUUUGUUGAUUAAGAAUUGGUCUAUUUUACUGCUGCAGUUGGAGUGGUUUAUAAUCCAUAGACAAAUUAAUAAAGGUUCUUCUUUGAACACACAGAUGACAUCACAUGCAUAGAUGUUUAUGAUAAGUAUGUUGCAACUGGUUAGGCAGGGUAGAUUCCUCCUAUUUAUAUUUGGGAAGUUAAGGAUUAAAUAGAACCCUCUAGAGCUGCUUUUAAAGGAAUUUUAAGACAGGGAGUGCAAUGCUUAGCAUUUUCAAAUGAUGGCAAGAAGUUGGCUGCUGUGAGUAUGGAUGACGAUCACACUUUGGUUGUUUAUGAUGUAGAUAAAGGAAUAGAUGCAAGAUUAAAAGGAGAUGUAUCAUAGGCUUUAUUAGCCACCGGUAAAGGGCCUAGGUCAUUUGUAUUCGAUAUUAAAUUUGAUAAAGUUGACAAGUAUUUGAUUUUGGCAUGCAAGAAUGAAGUAUACUUUUGCAGUUACGAUUAAAAUCAAAUAAGAUUGAAUCUAGGAAUAUGGGAUACAAAAACGUCACCAUUCUCAUCAGUGUUAUGCAUCGCAUUAUGUGAUAACAAUGUGAUAACAGGUACUUACAGAGGAUAACUAUUAAUCUGGAAGAGCAAUAGAGCUACUACAGCAGUGGAUGCUCAUAAGAGUGCAGUUCUAGCUAUUCAUACAAAGAGAGGUUAGGAAGGUGGGGUAGUAUCAGGCAGUAAAGAUGGAACAAUCAUUGUCUGGGAUAUAAACAUGAAAGCUAAGGAGAAGAUAAAUGUACUCAACUUGAAUUUAAAAAUAUUCAAUUUCAAAGUUUAAAGUGUUACAAUCGGACCAAAUGAUUAAGAGAAAUCUGUCCAUUUAGUGUUUGGAACAAGAGGAUCAGAUAUGGUAGAGGUUUAAGGAUCAAAAAAUAAGGUGUUAAUGAGAGGACAUUCUAUUGGAGUCUUAAGAGGAUUGGCUAUGCAUCCAAAAUUUCCUACUUUUUACACCAUAGGAGAAGACAAUAUUUUGGCUUGUUGGUUGAUCAAGGAUAAGAAGAUGUCAAGUUGCAUGAGAUUAGAUUAUCCUAGCAGUGCUAUUCAUAUAAGCAAAGAUUACAAAUAUCUGGCUGUUGGUAGUACAAAUGGAACUGUACUUAUAAUUGAUCCUAAAACUUUGAUGCCUACUUUUAAUUUUAAAGAUAGAGAUGCUGAAGUCUCAUGUCUCAAGUUCUCUCCCGAUACUGAAUAAUUAGCAGUUGGUCAUGAUGCUCCAAGUUGUGAUGUCAUCAUAUAUUCAAUUAAGAAUCAUUUCAAGAAGACUAAUGUUUUAAGAGGAUCUCCUGCAAGAGUUAUUAGUAUUGAUUUCUCAUCGACAUGCAGAGUUUUAUAAAUUAAUGAUUGGAGUUAGUAAGUACUCUAUUAUGAAUUGGGAGGAGAAAAUAACCAAAAAGUAUAGCCUGAUGGAUCUUAGAAAUAUAAAGAUGAAAAGUGGGCAACAUAUACAGCUAUUUAUGGAUGGCAUGUUUUGGGAGUAUGGCCACCUUUGUCAGCUGGAUGUGAUAUCAAUGCUGUCGACAGAUCUAACAAAGGAGACAUUAUAGUGUCAGCAGAUGACUAUUCUGGAAUCAAGAUAUUCAGAUAUCCUGCUGCAUAACCAGGUCAAGGAUUUUAGAGAUAUGUGGGACAUGCAGCACAUGUGACCAAUAUUAGAUUCUCAGCUGAUGACGAAUACAUCAUAUCAUUGGGUGGAGCAGACAAGUCAAUUAUGCAAUGGAAAGUCUCACAUGAUAAGGAUGCUUAGAUUGAGUAAGAUCAGGCAUGCGAAUCCAUUCAAGACGUUUAGAUAUCCAAAGAUUAUUAUAGACUCAAUUUAAAUGAGGAGGAGAAUAAAUAGGAAGGGUAGAAAUAGUAUUAAGCCUUUGUUAAAGCCACUUAACCGACCAAUUUUAAAUUUGAUGAGAAGAAAUAUAAUGUAUUGCCUUAAGGUAACAUAACACUUGAUUAUGUUUUGGGCAUGAAAACAGAUUAGUUGGGUUAGGAUUACUUUAAUGGAGUUAAAUUAUUGGAAAAUGGCAAGAUUGCAUUCUCUUGUGGUGCUGUUGGUAUUGUUAUGGAUCCUAAUAUGCCUGUUGGAUAAUAAUAUUGUACUUAAACUUAUUUCAGAUAUCAUUAGGAUGAAAUCACUUGCAUUGCCAUUCAUCCAAGAGGAAGAAUUGUUGCAACAGGAACUAAGGCUUUUGCUUUGAAUGAGAAGCAAUUAACAGCUAUCUGCAUAUGGGAAGCUGAAUCUAAGAAGGUUUUGUCAAUGUUGAAUGAUUUUCAUACUAAAAUGAUUUAUUGCUUAGAGUUCUCAUAUGAUGGUGUCUUUUUAUUAUCAUUUUCUUCAGAAUAUUCAAUUGCAAUUCACGAUUGGCAAAUUGGGCAAUUGAUUAUUACAGUGAAGACUAUGAGAUCUAAUAUUUAUGGAAUUUGCAGUAAGUCAUCCACUGAAUUCAUGUCUUGCGGAUAGAGAAAUGUCACCUUCUAUAAAAUGAAUGGCAGGAAUGUCAAAAGCUAUCCAGGUAUCUUAAAUAGCAAUCAAUUCGAACCCAUGUUGUGCUGUUGUGUUGCAUUUAAAGAUUCAUAUGAAAUCACAGGAUCUGAUAAUGGAAACAUCUUUCUCUGGAAGGAAAACAAAAACAUCAAACAUUAUUAGGCUCAUAGAUCCAAAGUAAGUUCAUUGGUUGCAGUUGGAAAGACUUAAUUAUAUAGUAGUGGUUUGGAUGGAUAAAUUAAGGUUUGGGAAAUGAAUGGAAAUAACUUAAAUAAUGUUGCAACAGUCAUUGAUAUUACUGAAGCUCUUCAUUAGCCUAAGUAAAUUGGUAUCAUAUCAAUGGACAUUAAGAAUGACUAGAUUAUAAUAGCAACAAAAUAAGCUUAGAUGUAUCAUGCAUCACUCAAAAAUAUCUAGAAUAUCAAAUUGCUACUCGAUUGUCAUUAUGGUGGAGAAGUGUGGGGAGUUGCAGCCAGUCGCAAUUCAUAAACCAUUAUUACUUGUGGAGGAGACAGCGUACUACGUUAAUGGGAUAUCAAUCAAUAUACUUUGGUUAAAAGUUCUUCUCCAUUUGAAAAUGAUAUACGAGCAGUGGAUUGGAGUUCUGAUGGCAAAUACAUAGCAGUUGGAGAUGUACGUGGAUGCAUUUACUUAGUUGAACCAACAAAUAUGAAUAUUUUGGAUAAGAAGAAUUCUAAAGCAGGUUCGCUUAAAUAAAGUGCUCAAGGGAAAACAUUUUGGAUUGAGGACAUCAAGUUUUCACCUGAUAGCACUAAAAUUGCAUUUGGUGCUCAUGGCACAUAAUCAUAAAUAGAGGUAUGGGAAAUUGAGGGAGGCAAAUUUAGUAAAUAGAGUUCAAUAAACAUCUCAUUGAAUAGCAGUUUGAUUAAAUUAGAUUGGGCUAUGGAUUCAAUUCAUAUAGUAGUGAAUUCAUCAACUUAUGAGUUGAAAUUUGCAAAUGUCUAAUCUUUGAAGGAUGUUCCAGGACCUUAAGUGAAAGAAUUGGAUUGGUAUUCUUGGACUUGUUUAUUUGGUUUCAAUGUAUAAGGAAUCUACAAAAAGGAUGAAUAUUCAGUCACUGCAGUUUGUGUUGAUAACCAAAGGUAGAUCUUGGCAACAGGAGAAUAUAAUGGUAUCAUAAAUCUGUAUCAGUAUCCUGCUGUUUGCUAGUUCAAUUAAAUACAUAAAGAGUAUCCUGGACAUGCAAAUGCUAUAACAAGAAUGAGAUUCUCAUUUGAUGAUACUAAAUUGAUUUCAACAAGUGGUAUGGAUAGGGGAAUAUUCAUUUGGAAAACAGAUUGGUCUAAAUCAUAGUAGUAGUUAAUGUUGUAGGAUGAAAAUGCUUACGGAAAAUACGAUGAGGAUAUUGAUGAUUUGGCUGCUCUAGCAGUUCCACAGGAAAAGAUUAGAAGGUUUGGAUCUGAUAAGUAUGGCAAGGUGAGAAGAAGAGAUAAUCAAUUCGAAAAGAAUGAAGAUCAAUAGAAUUACAAUGACUAGAAUGAGAAAGGAGACGAAUUCACUAUCAUUCGACCAUGGAUGGGAGCUAUUAAAGAACCAUCCAAUUAUUAUAAAGAUCCAUUGAACCAAAAUAAACAGCCGUUGGUGGAAUUGACCUUAGAAUAUGUUCAUGGAUAUCGUAGCAAGGAUUGCAGAAACAAUGUGAAAUACUUAAAGAGAGGACAGAUUGUUUAUAAUGUUGCUGCAUUGGCUGUUGUCUUAGAUCCCAAUCCCAAUGCAAAUACCAAUUCAAAUGCACAAAGAUUUUUCAAUUAACAUACUGAAGAUGUAGUUUGUUUGGAUGUGUCUAACGAUCAACUUAAGGUAGCUACUGGAUAAUUAGGAGCUAAUCCUCUUAUCUAUAUAUGGGAAAGUAACACUUAAGCAAGCAUCUGUUUGUUAAAAGGCUACUUCACAAAGGGAAUUUUACACUUGGCAUUUAAUGAUUCAGGAGAUAAAUUGGCUGCGAUUGGAAUGGAUGAGUGCCAUUAAUUAUGCAUUUUUGAUAUAAUAUCUAAGACUUAAACAGGAGGAACUCUGUUGGUCAGAGAUCAAAUUGGAAAGGAUAUUGUCACAAGUAUUAAAUGGAAAAAUGACUCUGAAUUUGUUACUUGUGGAUUAAACCAUCUUAAAUUCUGGAAAUUAGGACAUGGAGGUUUGACUUAUACUAAAGCUUAUCCUUAAAAACCCCUAUCUUAUAAAUAUUUAUCUGCUGCUGUCAAUAAUGAAGAUUACUUGUUGGGUGGUGUAGAUGGAUCCUUGUAAAUAUUCUCUGGUGGCAAAUUCACAGCUUAUUACUAAUAUCUGGAGGCCAAUCGAUCAUUAGAAGCUAUUAGUGUUUCCAAAGAUUUGUAAUCAUAUUUAUAUUCAUCAUUAGUAUUCUUAUUGGAGGAGCUGAUUCUAAGAUUGUCAUUCUAGAUUCCAAGACCUACAAAUCCAUAUUAUCCUUCAAAUUAUCAGAAUGCAUGAGGAAUUCAUUGGGAUUAGAAGUCAAGUCCAUUUAGUUAGGAUAUGAUUAGAAGACUUUGCUUGUCUCAACUAAUUCUGGAGAUAUAGUUGAAUUAGUUACUAAGGAUGCCAAAAUCAAUAUUAAUUCCAAGUUUGCUGUUUCUAAAACCUUAAUGAAAUCUCAUUGUUCUCCAAAUAAGCGAUCUUUGAAUGAAAUUNAUAUCCUGGACAUGCAAAUGCUAUAACAAGAAUGA